UCAAACACUACCCUUUUACUUUCUCUCUCUUUCUUUAGCUUUGACACGUAUUUGUUGAAUACCAUACUUAUAUAUAAACCAUUGAGAUAGACUCAUCUUUAUUCAUUCAUUCAAUUUGAGUUCUAUAAUCUCUUGUUCUAAGUCACACUUCAAUUCAUAACUUAAGAUAUAUACUUCUUCAUAAGCUCAACAACAAAGGAUUCAAGAAAGUAUAGUAUUGAAUUUUCAUCAAACAAAUUGAAAUUGGUGUGAAUCUACAUCUCUAUGGGAUUAUCACUUUCUUUACUAUCAUCAGCUUGGGAAGAAAUUGUUAGGCAUUCACUCUUUGGUCUUCAAUUCCACUAUAGUUUUGGUUCCAAAGAUGGUGCUAUGAUUUUGAGAACAAGUUUCAACAAAAGAGAAUCAGAAACUUCAACAACAAAAAGUUCAACUAGGUUAGAGGAUUAUAGACCAGAACAUGUGAACCUUGACACAAAUGUUGAUGAAAACUUGAAACAUAAGGCAGUGCCUUUGCUUUCUUUGCCUAAAGAAGUUGUUUUCUCUUCUCCAAAACCUGUUUUUGAGCUUGAUGCUGCAGCAACUAAGGUUCAGAAAGUUUAUAAGAGUUAUAGAACUAGAAGAAAUCUUGCUGAUUGUGCCGUUGUUGUUGAGGAACUAUGGUGGAAAGCAUUGGAUUUUGCUGCUCUUAGAAGAAGUUCUGUUUCAUUUUUUGAUGAACAUAAACAAGAAACUGCAGUAUCAAGGUGGGGAAGGGCAAGAACUAGAGCAGCUAAGGUUGGGAAAGGUUUGUCCAAGGAUGACAAAGCACAAAAAUUAGCCCUCCAACAUUGGCUUGAAGCUAUUGACCCACGUCAUCGCUAUGGACACAAUUUGCACUUAUAUUAUGAUAUUUGGUUUGAUAGCCAAAGUACUCAACCAUUUUUCUAUUGGUUGGAUGUUGGAGAUGGUAAAGAAAUUAAUCUUGAGAAAUGUCCAAGGGCCACCCUUCAACGCCAGUGCAUUAAAUAUCUUGGACCAAAAGAAAGGGAAGAAUAUGAAGUAAUUGUUGAAAAGGGAAAGUUGGUGUAUAGAAAAGAUGGGAAAUUUGUGGAGACCGAUGAAAAGUCCAAAUGGAUAUUUGUUCUUAGCACCACUAGGGCUUUGUAUGUUGGAAGGAAACAAAAGGGUGCUUUUCAACACUCUAGCUUUCUAUCUGGGGCUGCAACCACAGCUGCUGGAAGAUUAGUGGCACAACAAGGUGUACUCGAGGCUAUUUGGCCUUAUAGUGGUCAUUAUCACCCAACUGAAGAGAACUUCAGAGAAUUUGUUAGUUUUCUUGAGGAGCACAAAGUAGACCUCUCUAAUGUCAAGAGAUAUGCUAUAGAUGAUGAUGCUCCUUCAUUCAUUGGGACCAAUCCAUUUAUUGAAACUAAUGAAUCACAACAAACUAUGGACCCUACUCAAACUUCUCAAUCAAUAUCUACCAAUAAUGUGAGCAACAAAGGAAUCAAAAUUAAUAAUGCAACAGAGGUUAAUGCCAAGAAAUUUGAGGUCCCAGUAUUUGACUUUUCCAAGAGAUUAUCAUGCAAGUGGUCUACAGGAGCUGGACCUCGUAUUGGGUGUGUACGUGACUAUCCUGAACACCUUCAAUCAAGGGCAUUGGAGCAAGUUAGUUUGUCACCUAGACCUGCUUCUGCAAGACCAUAUAGCUAUGGCCCAAUACCUUCUCCAAGGCCAAGCCCAAAAGUUAGGAUUUCUCCUAGGCUUGCAUACAUGGGGUUACCUAGCCCAAGAACCCCGAUUCCUGUUUGAGGCGAGUAUCGAUGGAACUAAGGUCAACGAUCUCAUGCACUAGAUUCUCCUCGAUCAGAGAUCAAACUUUGGAUUCAUUGAGUGUCUAAUAGCAUUGAUCUCUUAACUAUUAGAUGAAUUCAACGGAUGACCUUUGACUACUGAAGUGGGAGAGGAUUCCUGACAAAAAUUGUCACCUAAGGUGGCACUUGAAUUGAAGAUAACACAACUAGUAAAUUUGUUAUGAAAAUAUAUAGACUAACUAUUUAUUAUUUUAUUUUUGGGUUUUGCAAUUUGAUUAUUCCUUUAUUCUUUUAGGGGUUUUGGUUUCUCAUAGAUAUUUGUUUGUGUUUUGGAACACAUGUUUAGACAAAAUCUACCUAUUAUUGUAGUUUUUUUUUUUUUAAGAGGACCUAUUCUCUUGUAGUUCUUAUGGAACCUUUUUGAAGGAAAUAAAACAUGAUAUCAGCCUUUUACUAAGACACAAUGAAUCAUUCACCCAAAAAUGAUUCAUGGCCCUAGGGUUUUCGAAGGAUACCAAGACAAUUCUUUAUUGUAACUUGAGUACAAAAAUUAUGGUA